AUGACCUCUUCAACUCUGUCUGUUACUUUGGUCUCGAAAUCAACAAUUUUCCCAUACCAAAAAUCAAAUUUAGGAGACCUCAAACUCUCAGUUUCAGAUCUCCCAAUGCUGUCUUGUCAUUACAUCCAAAAAGGUUGUCUCUACUCGCGCCCUCCCAUUCCCCUCGACUCACUCGUUUCCCUUCUCAAACAAUCCCUCUCCAAAACGCUCUCGUUUUUCCCUCCUCUCGCCGGCCGUCUUUACACCGACCCAAACAAUUACAUUUACAUAACUUGCAACGAUGCCGGCGUUGAAUUCUACCAUGCCUCGUGUGCAAGUUUGUUUAUUCGUGAAGUCAUUGGUCCUCUCGAUGUUCCCCAGCUCGUUAAGAGGUUUUUCUGCUUCGACAAGAUGGUUAGUUACCAAGGCCAUUGUAAACCAAUCAUGGCCGUCCAAGUCACUGAACUCGGUGACGGAAUUUUCAUUGGAUGUUCCGUUAACCAUGCGGUGACUGACGGUACGUCGUUUUGGAAUUUCUUCAACACUUUUGCUGAAAUUUGUAGAAAAAUUAGUAACAAUCAGGGCAUUGAAAAAAUCGUAAGGCAACCGGACUUUUCACGGGACUCGGUUUUGAUUUCAUCGGCAAUUUUAAGAGUCCCAGAAGGUGGGCCCAAAGUUACGUUUAACGAAAACGAGCCGUUAAGGGAGAGAAUCUUCAGUUUCAGCCGAGAAGCCAUUUUGGAACUCAAAGCCGAAGUAAACAACAUGAAGGAGGAGCUUCUGAUUAAUGGAAACUUGAACGCUGUUGAAAUUCUCGGGAAACAAAACAACGACAAGUACUUUAACGUUGACGGGAAGAUUUGGUUGUUUAAAACCGCUCCGGUUUCAAAUACGGCGGAGAUUUCUUCGUUUCAGUCACUUUCCGCUCUCCUCUGGCGAGCGGUGACACGAGCAAGGAAGCUCCCGUCUUCCAAAACAACGAUGUUUCGAAUGGCGGUGAAUUGCCGUCACAGGCUGAAUCAGAAGCUGGAUCCUUUAUACUUCGGGAACGCGAUUCAAAGCAUUCCAACGUACGCGUCAGCUGGUGACGUCACAUCACGUGAUCUGCGCUGGUGUGCGGAGCAGUUAAACAAGAGCGUGAGGGCCCACAACGACGAAACGGUGCGUCGUUUUGUAGAGAACUGGGAAAAGGAUCCACGGUGCUUUCCAUUGGGGAACUUCGACGGCGCGUCGGUGACGAUGGGGAGCUCUUCGAGGUUUCCUAUGUACGAUAAUGAUUUUGGGUGGGGUCGGCCGUUGGCGGUUCGGAGUGGUGGGGCCAAUAAAUUUGAUGGGAAGAUCUCCGCGUUUCCUGGGCGGGAAGGGAAUGGGAGUGUUGAUCUGGAAGUUGUUUUGGCGCCGGAAACGAUGGCGGGGAUUGAAUCUGAUCUUGAAUUCAUACAAUAUGUCACGAAUUAACUUCGGGUUUUAAUUUUUAGUGGUCAUGUUUGUGAUUUGAGGGUUACGUGUUUUGAAUCAAGGUCGUUCGAUGUGUUUGGAUUGGGGAGGUCUAAUUAGGGUUGGUUUCUUCUUCCUUUGCUUCUUUUGUUGGAAUAGUCUUCUGCUUUGAACAUUUUUUUAUCAAUAAAUUUGAGCAAUGUUUCUGAAAACUCAGGUUGUCUAAAUUGGGAAAAGGACAAAUCCGAGUAAUAAAAAUCAAAGUUGUCUAUGCGCUUCUAAACUUCUCCAGUUUUAAUGAAUAAAAUAAAGAAAGAUAAGGUGCAGUGAGGUCUUUGGAUAAGGAAGAAGUUAAAAA